AUGCUUGGUUUCGGUGCCGACCUUUUGUGGGCCGACAUGAAUCGUCUUCUUGCCUUUCUCUUCCAUCAGGGAGUUUUGGAUGAGCAGUUCUUGCAACUUCAACAGCUUCAAGAUCACACUUCUCCUAACUUCGUCUCUGAAGUCGUCAACAUUUACUUCCACGAGUCCGAAAAGCUACUCACCAAUCUCAGAUCAUUGCUAAUGGAGAGGGAGUUUUCGGAUUACAAGAAAAUGGAAAUACAUUUGAAUCAAUUCAUUGGUAGCAGCUCAAGCAUUGGUGCUAAGAGAGUUACAAGCAUUUGCAUUGCCUUUCGUGCCGCUUCCGAGCAAGACAAUCGUACUGGAUGUUUGCGAGCGUUGGAGAUGCUCGAGCAUGAAUAUUGUUAUCUUAAGAACAAAUUGCAUGAACUUUUCCAAAUAGAGCAGCAACGUGCUUUGGCAGCAGGAGUGAGAUACCCAGUUUAG